AUGGUCUCAUGCAUCAAUCUUAGUAGUGGCAGUGUUCUAGGUGCUGCCCUCAGCCUAUCCGUUACCACAAUGGGCGCAGGUAUACUAACGUUACCUUCUGCCUAUGCCGAUGCUGGGGUCAUUACGGCAACACUUUUGAUGUUAUUUAUUGCCAUCAUGACGGUCUACUCCGUCGACUUUAUCGUUCAUGGGGUCGAAAAGCUUGGUUUAAACAGCUACGAGGAGCUCACACGGGAGCUCUUUGGUCGUAAGGCUGAGGAGUUCGUUCGGGUUGCCCUUAUCUCAUAUAAUAUAGGCUCCGCCAUCAGCUACUUGGUCGUGACCGGGGAUAUCCUAGCCCCACUACAUCCCAUACUUUCCCAGUACGUGUCAAUUCUGUUGACGCCGCGGCACACCCUUUUUCUCUACUGGAUGCUGUUUGUUCUGCCUUUAUCGUGCAUCCCAAAUUUGGGAUCGCUACACGCGAUUUCGUUUUUCGCUAUCAUCUCUACGUCGCUGAUCUCGUGCAUGGUGGUCUACCGCUACUUUGUGCCCAACUCCCCACAGGCAACUGACAGCAUCAAUAAUAAUGGUAAAGUGUCUUUUGUUGGAAAUUCACAGGCGAACGCAGUGGCAUGGUGGUGGGGGACCAACCCCUUGCUAGCCAUCCCAAUCUUUAUGUUCUCCUUCGAUUGUCAAUCGCUAGUUUUCCAAAUCUAUGCUGGUUUAGAUAACAUGCGCCGCAGCACCAUGUUUACCGUCGCGACGCUGAGUUUAAUUGUUUCGAGCACAAUCCACGGUGCAGUGGGUCUUUUUGGGUACCUGACAAACCCCACUGAUGUGCGUGAAAACAUUAUUAACAACUACGAUCCCACAUCAGACAAGCUUUUCGCGGUGGGAUACGCGAUUUAUGUGAUCCCGAUUAACUUGGCGUUCGUGUUAUUACUGUUUCCAAUCCGGGACUCCAUUUUUAUUCUCUGGUAUGGCUACAGCAAGGCCUCGGUUGCCACGCACGUCCCCCAACCUAAGAGGUUCGUCCGCAUCGUGGACGAGGAGGAGCGUCUAGAGCACCUCGCGCUGCUCAACGCCGGAAACAGCACAGACGUAGAAAGUGAGACGUUGCUGCACGAGAUGCAGAUGAAAAAGAAGUACUACAACGAUAUUGAGACGAUCUCGAUGCGAGACCAUCUGCUAGUUAGCAUCUCGCUCAGCACGUUUAGCAUAGCGGUGGCACUUUUUAUCCCCAACAUCGUCUCGAUCAUAGCGCCGCUAGGUGCGGUUUGUAGCUCGACGCUGUGUUUUAUGGUGCCUGGGUUGUACCGCUGGAAACUCCACCAGCUCGGCAUUUCGAGAUACGCAAGCGUACUGGAGCGAGUUGAAGUGAUCAUUCUAAUCGCCUUUGGUAUCAUUGCAGGUGUCGUCGGGACUAUUGUAAGUAUUAUCGAAUAUUUUUAG